UUAUGACACAACUUUCCUCCCCUUAAAUUGUAAUCAACCAACCCACAUCUCGCGUGUCUUUGGAACGAGAUCUGAACGAGACUUCCGAAAGAAUUCAAGAUGGACGACGCCUAGACAAUGUUUUUUCAUUUUGACGAAAAAUAGUUAGGACGUGUAACCACAGGACAAGAUGGCCACCAAGCGGUCGCUCAAUGAAUCUCCCAGCACGUCGGCGGGCGCGCCACCUGCCAAGAAGUCCAUCACGAUCCCGUCUAUCGUGUUUGAGCCCGUGCGACUGGACAAGAUGUCCUCACAGGAGGAACUGGACCUGAAAGUGCUGCAGUUCCAGAACAGAAAGCUAGCAGAACGUUUGGAGCAGCGCAAGGCGAUCGAAGAUGAGCUCAGGGAGAGGAUUGAGCGGCUAGAGAAGCGGCAGCUCGCUGACGAGGGUGCGCUCGGACUGGUCAACAGAUACUGGACACUGUUGGAUGAGGACUUGAGAGUGAUGUUGCAGAGGUUCGACCACACUGGAAACAAGGAAAAACCUGGGACUGAAGAGGAGGGACAGGCAGACAGCAAAGAUACUUCCACUGAACCACUGCAGGAAGGUGACCAGCUGACCAAUGAGGCGGAAGCCAAGCCCCAGCUGGCUGCCGGACCCAUCGACAUGGAGGAACAGCCCACAUCCAGCUCCUCCCGAGACCUCAGUACGCCCUCCCCCGCGCCGUCCAGCGAGGGCACUGGGAUCUUCUUAUCUCAGCUCACAGGUACUGGAGAUGAUGAGGAGCUGGAGCAGCACCUGAAAGAGAAGGUGCAGUUCUCCCUGGAUGCUGUGGCUAAAGUGGUGAAGGCCUUUGACAGGGUCCAAGGAGAGAAGAACAAACUGGCACAGGCCAUUCAUGGCGGAGAAGGUGCCCCCAGUCUGGAGGAUGAGCUGAAAGAGGAGAACAAGCGCCUCAUGGCAGAGAACCAGGAAGUGCAGUCUCUGGUGGCUACCCUGCAAGCCAAGCACCAUGCAACAACUCUCAAGUUCACUGACCUCCAGGACAAGCUGGGUGCGUCGGAGAUCAAGAUUCCGGAAUUGAAGAACACGAUUGAGGACCUUCAGUACGACAAGGACAAGCUGCGCCAGAAGUGCGAGAAGCUGGGAUUCCACCUGGCCGAGCUGGUGGAGAAGAUGAAGUCAGGAGCGUUCCAUUCCGUCACAUCUUCGGGGGCCAAGGAGCUGCCCAAGGGACAGUUUGAGAUGAUGAAGGCGGACCUUGGUGGACAGGGAAGCCUGGACAACAACCCUCUGUUGGAGAUGUUGAAGGCAGAUUUGGAUGAACAGAGAGAGCUGGCCAACAACCGGCUGGCUGAGCUGGAGAAGUUGCAGCAUGAACAUCAGGUCCUGAUGAAGGAGACGGAGAAACUCAAGAUGGAUCUGAAGAAUCUGCCAGACAGCGUGAUAAACGAGACUUCGGAGUACAAGUCCCUACAGUCGCAGUACUCGGUCCUGUACAACGAGAGUGUGCAGCUGAAACAGGCGCUGGAUGAGGCUCGCGUUCUGCUCAAGACCACGAAGAACACGCACCUCCGACAGAUAGAACAGAUGGAGAGUGACGAGCUGUCGUGUCAGAAGAAGCUGCGUACUGAGGUGAUCCAGCUGGAGGACUCGCUGGCGCAGGUGCGAAAAGAGUACGAGAUGCUGCGGAUCGAGUUCGAACAGAACCUAGCAGCCAAUGAGCAGGCAGGACCAAUCAACAGAGAGCUCCGUCAUCUAAUCACUAGUCUACAGAACCACAACCAACAACUGAAGGGAGAAGUAGCUCGCUACAAGAGAAAACUCAGAGAAGCCCAGACAGAAAUACAAAAGCUGAAAUCAGAAAGUCCGGGCACCAGUCACAGUGGGGAGCCUCAGCAGAGGGAGGCUGCACCACCGGUGGAACAGCCGGCUGUGAAGAAGGAAGAAGAGGUGAAAGUGAAGGAGGAAGACGUGAAGAAAGAAGAGCCGGAGAAGGAGAAAAAAGGUGAUGAGGGUGACAAGAAGUCGGACUCAGAAACGAUAAAACAGCUCAAGACAGACUUGAAGAAGUCCCAAGAAAACCAGAAGGAAAUGAAGCUACUGCUAGAUAUGUACAAGGGCGCCCCCAAGGAGCAACGAGACAAAGUGCAGCUCAUGGCAGCAGAGAAGAAAGCGCAGGCUGAAAUAGAAGACCUGAAGCAACAGAACCACGAUAUGUUGAUGGCUGCCGAGAAGAAAGCCCGGGCAGAAGUAGAUGAACUGAAGCAGCGUAUCAAAUCCAUGGAGGAGAAGGAACGGCAGGAGAGUAAGAAGUUAGCCGACGAGGAGGCUCUGAAGAAGCUGAAGGCUGCCGAAGAGAAGAUGCAGGAACUCCAGAAAAGUCUCGCUGCCACAAAACAGGAGGAGGAUGCCCUGCUGUCAGAGAUGGAGGUGACAGGGCAGGCGUUUGAGGACAUGCAGGAGCAGAACGUGCGACUUCUACAGCAGUUGAGGGAGAAGGAUGAUGCCAACUUCAAACUCAUGUCAGAGAGGAUCAAGUCUAACCAGAUCCACAAACUUCUGCGGGAAGAGAAGGACGUUCUGGCGGACCAAGUGAUGACGUUACAGACACAGGUGGAUGCCCAGAACCAGGUGGUGCGGAAGCUGGAGGAGAAGGAGAGGAUCCUACAGAACACUCUGGCAACGCUGGAGAAGGAGGUCAACAUGAGGGCACAGGCCAUGGAGAUGCACAAGAGAAAGGCCGUUGAGUCGUCACAGCUGGCGAACGACCUGAAGUUCCACCAAGACGACAUCCAGCGCCAGGCAACGCAUCUGGAGGAGCUUAUAAAGGAGAAAUCAGCUGCUGUGGAAAAGGAACAGUUCAAGCAUAGAAGAACACAGGAGGAAUGUUCCAGCUUACGAAGAAAGCUUGACAGACAAAAGAAGUACGACUUCUUUGAGAAUGCAGAUGAGGUUCUAAUGGAGGAGAUCAAAACUUACAAGCAAAAACUUACAUGUCCCUGCUGCAACACGAGGAAAAAGGACGCCGUCCUCACCAAGUGUUUCCACGUCUUCUGCUUCGAGUGUGUCAAGACGAGAUACGACACCAGACAACGCAAAUGUCCCAAGUGCAGUGAGAUACCACCUUUACUUCCCUGUUCCUAGAACACAAGUUUUAGAGCUUUUUGAGUAAUCUUUCGAAACUAGGAGUUUAAAGCAGAAGUACAUGCCAAUAUCAGUCACAUUAGGCAAACUACAGCAUUGCUUGUGUGCAUUUCUGAAACAUUUUGAAAGGCUAUAGUUAAA